AUGGAUUGUGCGCAAGCUGAAAUAGCAGCCGUCAAGUUAACGCACAGACAAGCGCACAUUGUUUUGUGUUCUUUCCAUGUUUGUCGAGCAUUCUGUCGUAAAACAAGAAAUCCCAUUGUUAAGAACUACUUAUGCCGCUUAGUGCAGUGUAAAAGGAGAUCAGAAGUCAUUAGCAGAUUGGAUCCUACUGUCAGUCAAUAUCUACAACGUCGUUGGAUGCAUAGACGAGAAUUGUGGGCAGCAUGUUUUAGAGACAACGUGCUGACUUUUGGGAAUGAUACCAAUAAUCGCGUCGAGAGCUCUCACAAGCAAAUGAAACGGUAUUUGCAAAGAUGUGAUAGUCUGCAUAAAAGUAUGCUAAAGGUGUAUAAAUGGUAUGAACGAAGUUUUUCAAGAAUACAACAGGAGGCGGUUAUUGCCCAGUCGCGAUGCUUCACUUAUCCAUGUGCACAACGUGUAAUCCCAAUAAUACGAUUGCUGACGCCCUACGCCGCGAGGAAGGUAAUACGUGAAUACCAAUGGCGACGAUGGGCUACUGUUGAGUUUGAAUCUUUUGAUUAUGUAUUUUUCAAAGAAAAUGGGAAUACAGUGCAGGUUGAUCUGAGUGCUUGCACCUGCACGUGCUUUACAUUUCAGACCUGUCGGUACCCCUGCCGACACUUGCUUUUGGUCCACUUCAGAAAGCCGUAUUUCACAGUUAACCAUGUGAUGCAGAAUUGCAAACAAUGGGCGUGGUCACGCGACUUGUUCGCAUCUCAAUGCACGUCAGCUGUUGUCCCUCAAAAUCGAAGUGCCGCAUUCGAAAGCUACAUAAGUAUUGUGGUCAAGGGCUUGAGGAAAAUUCAUGACGAAUUUGGAGAAGUGUUUGCCAGGAAUUAUGUAGUAGAAGUAGCCGCAGGAAUCAAUC